GCUAGCCCUCGACGUCACAUAUGCCACGUGACCGGAAUACGCGGGCAUUGUGGGUAAGGAGUUUCUAUCCUAUUGGGAAAAGGCAGUAAAUAAUUCUUCCCGUUUGUCCUUUAACGGAGCGAAAUUGAAGUACUGUUAUCGUAUUCCAUAAAGUAGUGGUUAGGUGGGUGAAUUUAAUGUUGAAACUCCAAAAAGUGAAACCAGCUAACAUAGAACAUAUAUUGUUUCUCAGACGUGCAGAACUAGUCGCCAGUCUUUAUACAUACAGUCUCUAUGGAAACCAAUCUAAGUUUUGGUUUAUUUCCUUGCCUCGGUAACCGUUUGACAGGACUUACUUUUAAAUCAGAAUAGGUUGUUUGAUGUGUUUUUUGCUUGCCCGUUUUCUUUAAGGGUGUUGUUCUUACUGGCUACACGUUAUGAUGACGGAUGAUUGGUUUAAAUGUUUGUUUUGUGUAUAAUAAUAGUAACAGCGGUUUGACCCAAAGCGCAGAACCAGUAUGUCCUCUUUUGAGGACUUAGAUGAUCUGCGAGAGCGUAACAAGCAGCUGUUAGUGAGGCUGCGAGAGCAAAGGAUGAGACUGCAGUGUUUGACGGCCGUAGCGACAGAUCCAGAUUGCCUGGGAUCCGGCGAGAUACAGCGUAGGCCGGCUGACAGUAGCCGUCACAGUAGCGCCUCUCCAGUAGGGUCAGUGGUUACUGAGAUCGGUGGGCGACAUGGUCUAGCCCGAACCUCAUUAAGCAAACCCAAGACACUUGACGAAGACCAUCCGCCAGCGGCCAGCCACAAGAAAGCCCAAGAUGUUUCAGAGAUUUCCACCCUGGGCAAAGAUAUCGUUCCUUUGAGGGCCCCCAGCCAGCGCGAGGGGGGCUCUCCGCACCACAAUCUUCUGCAGGACGAGAGAAAUAUAGACUUAGGAAGAGAAAAGAAAUCUGAAGCCAUGACAUCAGGACUCGAUUUUCGAAGCGUGGGAGUAGACCAGCAUAAUGGCAACUCACUGAUCAGACGAUCCACUGAACCUUUGCUGGGCUAUGACUGGAUAGCAGGGCUGCUGGACGCUGAUAGCUCAUUGGACGACCGCACAGACCAGUUCUUCACAGAGCUACACAACUUCCGCCAAGUUAACAAGGAGGAGUGUAUCCACAGCCCACACACAUGGGUGGAGCGAGAUGAGAUUUCGCCCCCAUCACUACUGAUGCAUGAACUGGCGAUGGAGUAUGAGCUGGAUAAGCAUACGUGUAUGUUCCGCUACAGAAUUAACAGCCGUCUCUUCCCCACACCUUUGGACUGCCAAGCAGCAUGUGCAAUGUGCCAGAUGCCGAAAUCCCAGCACGCCCACACUGUGGCAGAACCAGCCUUCAUCAGGGUCAGUGUUCCCUGUGCUGUGUUGCUCCCAGCACAUCGGCAAAGAGCUCAUCACCGGAACAGCUUCGACCCAUCCAACACCCUAGGCCUGUCCUCACACUGUUUGUCGGGAUGGUCCAGAUCGGCUCCUGUUGCAGCUCGUCUGCCAAGCAGCUUAGAUCUGCGCAGCAGCCUAGACAAGGUGCUGCCUGAACCAGAACUGAUCCUCUCAAGCUCUGUCCGAUUGGAUGAGGAGCAUCACUGAACUGAUUUAGAUUGGCUAUGGCUUCUUGGUCACUGUCCUGACUAAGGCCCUUCUGAUCUGAAUAUACAAUUUGUCCUGGUCACAGAAGAUUCAUUUAUUUAUUUUAUUUUAUUUUUUUAAUAAACUUGCAAAAAUCCCUGUUUUUUGUUUUGUCGUGAGGAAUUUCAAGUCAGUUGAUGGCAAAAAAUGGAUCAAGAUGUCGCAACACAAAGAAAAUACUCUGUGAAGGCCCUUUCUGUUGUUGAGAAAUGAAAAAGGGAAGGUAAAAGCGAAAGGAAGCCUGUGUCUUACUGGGUAGACCUUUUGUUGUCGAGUAUUGUCGUGGGGUUCAGUUGCCCUUUACUUGCCCGCAGCUUCUCCUUCGUUAUGACAUUUUCGAAGGCUUCCCCCUCGAGGAACCAAAACAAAAGCAGUUGUCUUUUUUUUACGUUGGUGGUAAUAGUUAAAAAAAUUUUUUUAAAUAAAACAGGCCACACUGUUGCCAUGGUAA